AUGGAUACUGGAUAUUUCAAGAUCAGGCUGGACAGCAAACCGUUACCAAACAAUGCUGAAUAUCAACGAUUGAUUGGAAGCCAUUUGUACAUAGCGACUCACAGCCGGCCUGAUAUCGCUGCAUGCGUGGGUAUUUUAAGUCGUAAAGUCAGUUCGCCUACUUUGGUCGAUUGGACAGAAGCAAGAAGAGUUGUGCGUUAUUUGCUGCGAACCAUUGACUACGGCUUAAGACUUGGGGCACCUGGAGCGGAGUUCAAGCUGGUUGGUUACUGCGAUUCGGACUGGGCCGGUGACAGCACCGACCGCAAAUCGUGCAGCGGAUAUCUGUAUCGCAUAGGAGGAGCUACAGUAAGCUGGAUAAGUCGCAAGCAGAGCUGCGUUGCAACUUCCACAAUGGAAGCAGAAUACGUUGCUUUAUCCGGUGCGGCACAGGAAGCGGUGUGGCUUCGCGGAUUGCUCGAUGAGUUGGACGAGAAGCAGGUGCAAGCUACUACAGUUUACGAAGAUAACCGCAGUUGUUUGGAUUUCGUUGCAUUAGAUCAUCAAAAGAAACGGUCCAAACAUAUUGACAUUCGGUAUCACUAUACGAGAGACGUCUGUGCUACCGGAGUGAUUGAUCUACAAUACUGUACUUCAGAGGACAUGAUAGCGGACAUUCUCACCAAACCGCUUGGAGCUGAACGAGUGAGGAAGUUCGCUGCUAUGAUGGGCCUGGUUCCCAUUCCAGGCCGAGAUGGUUGA